UCAGAAACAUCAGCGGCUUCACCCUCCUUUUAAAAAAUAAUAACAAAAAUACAAAACAAGAAGAAGACGAGUCUGUCGACACCUUCAUAAACACUCGAAACUGAAAAUAGAUUUUUUAAAAAAGUUAAAUCAAAUGGUACAGAAAAGUAGUAUGUCCAGGACGCCUUCGACCUCAACCCAGGAGAUCCAAAUGGACAUGUUCGACCAUCAUCCACACACACAGGGGAAGUACGGCAAGAGGAAGAGCCGAUUCAAGCGCUCGGACGGAAGCACCUCCUCUGACACCACCUCGAACAGCUUUGUCCGACAGGGCUCUGCGGACUCCUACACAAGCCGACCAUCGGACUCAGACGUGUCUCUGGAGGAGGACCCAGAGGCUCUGAGAAAAGAGGCCGACAGACAGGCCCUCGCCACGCUCGAGAAAGCAAAGACCAAACCGGUUGCUUUUGCUGUGCGGACAAAUGUUGGUUACAACCCCGGACCCAGUGAUGAUGUUCCUGUGCAGGGCAUGGCCAUAUCCUUCGAAGCCAAAGACUUCUUGCACAUUAAAGAGAAAUACAACAAUGACUGGUGGAUCGGACGUCUGGUGAAGGAGGGCUGUGAGGUGGGCUUCAUCCCCAGCCCGGUCAAGCUGGAGAACACCCGCCUGCUGCAGGAGCAGAAGAUGAGACAAAACCGACUCAGCUCCAGUAAAUCUGGAGGAAGCUCCAGUCUGGACGUUGCCACGGGAACCCGCAGGCCCACCCCACCUGGCACAGGUCACGUGGACAUGUCCACCGUGACCUUUGACGUUGACCCACUCGACCUGGAUGCCGAGGAGCCCCAGGGUGACCCUCGCUCCACCAAGGGCAUGUCAGGCAGCGUAACAUCCCCUCAGGCCAACGCCCACCGACUGCCCUUCUUUAAGAAGAUGGAGCACGUUCCCCCCUAUGACGUGGUUCCCUCCAUGAGACCCAUCAUCCUCGUCGGGCCGUCACUUAAAGGAUAUGAGGUAACAGACAUGAUGCAGAAAGCACUCUUUGACUUUCUGAAACACAAGUUUGAGGGCAGGAUAUCCAUCACACGAGUGACAGCCGACAUCUCCCUGGCCAAACGUUCAGUCCUCAACAACCCCAGCAAACACACCAUCAUCGAGCGCUCGAGUACCCGCUCCAGCCUGGACGUUCUGGCGGAGGUGCAGAGUGAGAUUGAGCGUAUCUUUGAACUGGCACGCACUCUCCAGCUGGUCGCUCUGGAUGCAGACACCAUCAACCACCCCUCUCAGCUGUCGAAGACCUCCCUGGCUCCCAUCAUUGUCUACAUCAAAAUAGCCUCACCUAAGGUCCUCCAGAGGCUCAUCAAAUCGAGGGGGAAGUCUCAGGCUAAACACCUCAAUGUGCAGAUGGUGGCAGCAGACAAGUUGGCCCAGUGCCCACCAGAAUUGUUUGACAUCAUCCUGGACGAGAACCAGCUGGAGGACGCCUGCGAACACCUGGCUGACUACCUGGAGGCCUACUGGAAGGCGACACACCCCCCGAGCAGCAAUCCUCCCAACCCCCUGCUCAACCGUACAAUGGCCACGGCGGCCCUGGCCGCCUCCCCUGAGCCCGUGUCCAACCUGCAGGUACAGGUGCUCACCUCCCUGCGCAGAAAUAGGGAUAUGUGGCCCGACAUGGAAAGCGCCAUAGCCAACGAGGGGAAAGAGGAAGAACACGCUCUCUGAAGUCCCGCAGAAAG